CACUACUACCUGCUGCCUCCUCGAAAGGUUCUUGAUUAGUGUCUCACGUCGUCCCAAGAAGAUCGGACGUAUAUACGGUCGCUUGGAUCGCCCUCCCUUCCUUCUUGGUCUUAACUUUCAGUCUAUCCAGAGGUCGUCAUCAUGCCUGGCACAGCACAACCAGCUGAAGUUUUGGACGAAGAGAAACUGGCUAUGUUGCGGAAGGCCUUCAUCAUGUUCGACCAAGGUAAGACUGGCAAGAUCGAGAAGGAGAAAAUUAGAACCAUCCUGAACACUCUUGGCGCCAACUACAUCAACGAAGAGCUGGAGACACUCCUGGCUGAUAAUGAUGUGGAAGGAACGGGAAAGCUGGACUUCGACGCCUUUGCCAAAGUGGUGGGUCAUUUCCUUGAGGAGCAAGAUGAAGAGGCCAUGCAAAAGGAACUGAAGGAGGCGUUCAGGCUUUACGAUAAGGAAGGCCAGGGCUUCAUCCCCACGUCCGCGUUGAAGGAGAUUCUAGGUGCCCUGGACGACAAACUGACCAGCGCUGAUCUCGACAACAUCGUGGACGAAAUCGACGAGGAUGGCUCUGGAACCGUUGAUUUUGACGAAUUCAUGGAGAUGAUGACUGGUGACUAAAACAGCUGGACUUCCUUGUCGAAGAAAUCUAAUUAUUUUUUUUCUCCGAAGAGCUUCAAUUUAUUUUGUUUAUCUUGUCCUCACAAGCAAAUGUGUAGAGUUUUUGCUUAAAGCGGAAUUUCAAGAUGUAAUAAAAAAUAAAAUAAAAACGAGCAAAA